GAUCGUGGGGACCAGAGCGUCCGGACCGCGUGCGGCCGGGGAUGAGCCGCGGUGGGGCGCCCAGCGGGUGGCCUCUCUGGGACCCACUCCUGCCUCCCACAAAACCACACCUGAGAGGUGGGUUCAAGAUGAGCCAGCAUACUCUCAGCUCACGAUGCUCCGGACCACCCAACUGAACUGUGAGAGCCCGAAGAUGUCUGCGUGCAGUGACUUUGUGGAGCACAUCUGGAAGCCAGGGUCCUGCAAGAACUGCUUCUGUCUGCGGAGUGACCACCAGCUAGCAGGAGGCCGUACCCAGCCCAGAACAGGCAGCCUGCCUGCUCCACCGCGCCCACCUCCCAGGAGCGUGGAGGAUGAAGGUGUGAACGGUUCACCCUACUGCAAGCCCACGAUAGCUGUGAAACCCACUAUGAUGAGCUCUGAGGCCUCCGAUCUGUGGACAGAGGCCAGCCUGAGUGCUGAAGUCCCACAGGUCAUCUGGAGACGAGCCCCUGGCAAGCUCUCCCUCCCAAAGCAGGAAGACGUGCCCAUAGUUUACCUGGGCAGCUUCCGCGGUGUCCAGAAGCCUGCUGGUCCCUCUGCCUGUACGGAUGGCAGCUCUCACUGUCCCCCUGCCUAUGCCAUGGUUGGUCUGCACAGCCUGCAGGCCCGGGGAGAAAGGAACUUGGCUUUCCACCCAGUGGGUUUCCCAGACGAGAAGGCCGGGCAGGAAGGGAAGCCCACAUUUUCCUGCCAAGAGCUACCCUCUGCACAAGAGAGCUUCCGCCAGAAGCUGGCUGCCUUUGCCGAGAUGACAUCUGGCUGUCACAAAGGCCCCAGGCCCUGCCCUUCUCCACAGCCCCUGCAGGAGUCCCUGCCCUCCGAGGAUGAAAGUGAUCAGAGGUGCUCCCCUUCUGGGGACAGUGAAGGUGGAGAAUACUGCUCCAUCCUGGACUGCUGCCCCAGGAGCCCUGCCACCAAGGACAUUGUACACACUGAGGGCUCCCAGGGUAGAUGUGAAGGGGGCAACUCCUCGAUGUGCUGGGAGCAGGGAACAAGUACUGAGCCCCCAGAGGAGGAGAAGCGAAGUCUGAGCUUCCCCAGAGACUGCUGUGACCAGGGUCCCUCAGCAAACCCACCCCAUCUGGGGCCCAAGAAGCUGUCCGCCAACUCUGAGGCUGCCAGUUCUGAUGGUCUGUCCUGUGGUAGUGGCAGCAGUGGGGCCAGCAGCCCCUUUGCCCCCCACCUUGAGAAUGAUUACUGUUCCCUCGUGAAGGAAGCUGUGCUGCCGGGGAAACAGCAGGACUCUGACUGCCACGUGGUCACCUCUACCAGGUGCCCGGAGUCCCAGCCCCCAGCCCACCCCAGGGAGGCUGCACAGCCAGAACCCAUCUAUGCAGAGAGCACCAAGAGGAAGAAGGCAGUUUCAGUGCCUUCCAGGCCACAGGCGAAGCAGGCACCUGCCACUCAGAGCCAGGUAUGGACAGGCGACGUGAGGGCUCAGAAGACACCAUCUGUCUGGAACCGGGACAGAGAAGGCUCAGACAUGGCUCCCCCGGUAGCAGCCACCAUCACAGUCAUGGCUGCUCACCCAGAGGAGGACCACCGGACCAUCUACCUGAGCAGCCCAGACUCUGCAGUGGGUGUGCAGUGGCCACAGGGGCCUGUGGGCCAGGACGUGGAGGCUGGUGAGGAGGAGACUAUAGCUGGGCAGAGGCUGAGCUCCAAGGAAAGCCAUCCUCACGAUAGGUCUGAAAACGUGCCCAAGGGGAGGCCUGCCAUUCCCCCCAAGCUGUCCAAAAGCAGCCCUGGUGGGUCCCCAGCAUCACCAUCUGCUUCUGCACUGGCUGACUCCAGUGAGGGGAACUCAGGCAGCAGGGCACCCCAGUCUACAUGCAGAGGCUCAGCUGACCCCACUACUUCCUGUUGGACCAAUGACCCUACCAGGUGCCCCCCUCCUGCUGCCUCUACCUCAGCCUUGGACCAGAGGCGACCCAGGUAUCAGACUGGUGCCUGGAGUCGCCAGUGCCGGAUUGAGGAAGAGGAGGAGGUAGAGCAGGAAUUGUUGGGUCAGAGCUGGGGAAGAGAGAUGGAUAAUGGCACUGUGGACCAUUCAAACUCUUCUACCUGGCACCGUCUCCACCCCACUGAUGUCUCUUCUGGGCAGAACAGCAAAGUCAGAACCGGGAUGAGCAAAUCGGCCUCCUUUGCAUUUGAGUUCCCCAAGGACAGAAGCAGGAUGGAGGCGUUCUCACCUCCUCCCCCACCUCCAAAGUCGAGGCACCUCUUAAAAAUGAACAAGAGCAGCUCUGAUUUGGAAAAAGUGAGCCAGGGCUCUGCAGAGAGCCUCAGCCCAUCCUUCCAGGGCGUCCCCAUCAGUUUCACCACCAGCUCCACGGACAGCCUGGCCUCGGACUCCAGGACCUGCAGUGAUGGAGGUCCAUCAUCCGAGCCAACACACUCACCUACGCUCAGUGGGAAGAAGCUCUUCGCUCCUGUCCCAUUCCCUUUGGGCUCCACUGAGAAUGUGUCCCCCAGCGGCCCUGUGCAGCCCCCUCCCCUUCCCCAGAAGAAGAUAGUGAGCCGUGCGGCCUCCUCUCCGGAUGGUGUCUUCUGGACCCAUGGCUCCCCCAAGCCAAGAACAGGAAGCCCAAAGCUGAAUCUAAGCCACUCGGAAACAAAUGUCUCUACCCAUGAUGAGUCCCACUUGAGCUGCUCCAUGAGCCCAAGGAACCGCCACCACCCUGUGUUCUCCUCUUCUGAGCCUCUGGAGAAGGCUUUCAAAGGCAGUGGUCACUGGGUUCCAGCUCUGGGGCUGGCAGGCAGCAAAAGCAGCUGCGGGAGCCCCAGCCUGCAGUGCAAAACAGCAGCCUCCACAUCCUCCUCUCAGCUGAGUGUGUCCAGCCAGGCCUCCUCCAGCAGCACUCAGCUGCAGCUGCACAGCCUCCUGAGCAGCAUCAGCAGCAAGGAAGGCACCUACGCCAAGCUGGGGGGGCUUUACACACAGUCCCUGGCCCGCCUCGUGGCCAAGUGUGAGGACCUCUUCAUAGGUGGCCAGAAGAAGGAGCUCCACUUCAAUGAGAACAACUGGUCGCUCUUCAAGCUGACCUGUAACAAGCCCUGCUGUGACUCGGGAGAUGCCAUUUAUUACUGUGCCACCUGCUCCGAGGACCCCAGCAGCACCUAUGCUGUGAAAAUCUGCAAAACCCCUGAGCCCAAAACAGCCUCGUACUGCAGCCCCUCUGUUCCCGUUCACUUCAACAUCCAGCAGGACUGUGGCCACUUUGUCGCCUCGGUGCCCUCCAGCAUGCUUAGCUCCCCCGACACGACCAAGGACCCCUUGCCUGCAGCACCUUCACAGCCCCCUGCCCAGGAACAGGACUGUGUGGUGGUCAUCACUCGAGAGGUGCCCUACCAGACGGCCUCGGACUUCGUGCGCGACUCAGCCGCCAGCCACCAGGCUGCGCCCGAGGUGUACGAGAGACGCGUCUGCUUCCUGCUCCUGCAGCUCUGCAAUGGGCUGGAGCACCUGAAGGAGCACGGGAUCAUCCACCGAGACCUGUGCCUGGAGAACCUGCUGCUGGUGCACUGUGGCCUCCAGGCCUCCCCGGGGCCCUCCCCUGCCAACCCCUCCCUUGCUGGCCCCCCAUCCACCGUCGCUCCCGGCUCCCUCACUGCCCCUGCCUAUCGGGGCGUGCCCAGUGAGAAGCACUUGCCCCGGCUCAUCAUCAGCAACUUCCUGAAAGCCAAGCAGAAGCCAGGAGGCACCACCAACCUGCAGCAGAAGAAGAGCCAGGCCCGGUUGGCCCCCGAGAUCGUGUCUGCCUCCCAGUACCGCAAAUUUGAUGAGUUCCAGACUGGCAUCCUCAUUUAUGAGCUGCUCCACCAGCCCAACCCAUUCGAGGUUCGUGCCCAGCUGAGGGAGCAGGACUACCGGCAGGAAGACCUGCCCCCUCUGCCCACCCUCUCCCUCUAUUCGCCCGGCCUGCAGCAGCUCGCCCACCUGCUGCUCGAGGCUGACCCCAUCAAGCGCAUCCGCAUAGGGGAAGCCAAGCGAGUGCUGCAGUGCUUGCUGUGGGGGCCGCGGCGCGAGCUGGUGGAGCAGCCGAGCCCCUCCGAGGAGGUGCUGUGCAGCACGCUGCACAACUGGAUAGACAUGAAGCGGGCCCUGAUGAUGAUGAAGUUUGCAGAGAAGGCGGUGGACCGAAGGCGGGGUGUGGAGUUGGAGGACUGGCUUUGCUGCCAGUACUUGGCAGCUGCAGAGCCCACAGUUCUCUUGCAGUCGCUCAAGCUCCUACAGCUUCUGUGAGCAAAGCCCUUCCCUGCACUGUGCUGCCCCCCUGCACCCAGCCCAGACCCUUGCCUUCCUAGGGAAAUGGUACACGUGACUGUCACGUUUGGAUGUAAUAUAUGAAAUAUAUAAUAUAUAUAAAUACGCAUGGCUGGGAUGUCAUUGCCCUCUCUAGCCACCUCUCUUCACCAGCCCCUCUCCUCGCAGUACUGUUCUCCUGUAAUUAUGUACAUUUCUAGCUCUGUGCAAGCUCUUAAAUACCAUUCUUGCAACAGAAUGGAGCCCAGUACUCCACUGUAGAAUCUACUCACCCUCUUGCCAAAUUGUUAUUUUUAAAAAAAUGACAGAAACCCCUAUCAAUUAAAAAUGUUUUUAGUUGGUCACAAGCAAAAAUUUUUUAUCCCCAGUGGACUGAGGGGAUAAAAUGGAACCUAAACCUCUUCGGCAGGAGCCAGAGUCCCUGAAGGCACCAGGCUUACACUUCUCUGGGACAGAGUAGCGGUCCACCCCUUGAGGCCUACACAUGUUAGUACUAAUUCAUGUCACCCACCCAGCAGCCUCCCAGAAAGAAUCCAGUCAUGGGAUAUGAUUCCAGUGGUUUGGAAUUCAACCCCACUUCUCCAACUUCUCCAAACCCUUUUCACAUUUGCUUAGCAGGUCACUUUUAGUAUUAUUCAGAUGUGGACAGAAACACAGUCCACUCAAGGCAGUUCAAAUGUGAAGCCCUUAACAGGAGACCACUUAGAAGAGUGUGGGCAGGACUAAGAAGACAAACAAAUGAGGCAGAAGCAAGAACAGAGCAAGAAUUGUAGAACAGAGACUACCUCCAGGAGCUGCUUGGGCAGAGGCUUCUGCACCCAGAGAUGGAAAAAUGGGGAGACUAUCUGUCCCCAUACACAGAGCCAUGGGACACCGCACAGCCAGGGAACUUGGAGAAGCCAGUUUCUUCCUCCCAGGCAGGGAGAGCUGGAGAAUGAAUGAGCUGCCAAGUGGCAAGCAGAAGACCAUUCCCGCUCUGCUCUGCCGUAUGACACUGGGGUGAGAAAGGAGCACAGGUGCUCCAGCUCCCAGACCAGUACUUUCUCUACUGUUUCAAGCUCCUUUGGGUCUCCAUUUCUAAAAGUAAAACUCAUUAUGUGGAUUUAUUGGCACCUGCUAUCUACCAAGGCCAGUAUUUGUCCCCAAGCCCUUAAAAAUGCUCCAAGUAAAUUAGGAAGCAGCAGAUAUUUUCUGCAGAAAACUAAACACAUACAAGUUAAAAAAAAAACUCAUUUGAAGAGAAAAAGCCCCAAGACCCCUAUGUUUCUACCUAAAGUGUAAUCUUGCAACUAUCGAACUAAUUAAUUUCUAAGACCUUGCUAACUAUGGACAAUUUCAAGCAAAUGCAAAGAUCUCAAUAGAUACCCUAGAAAUCUGGGAAUAUGGUUAGCCACCAACCAGGACGGAGAACUCCUGUAGGUCUCCUCCUGCAUGUUAAUUUCACUCCUUUUGCAAGCUGGCUUUCCUCAUUUCUUGUAAACACAUCUACAUCUCCAUGCAUCAGUGGUGAAGACAGCACCUGGAGGCACAUUUGUAAUUUCAGUUGUUUCUGGAGCAUUGAGGAACGAGCUGGCUAAAACCAGCUUCCCACUAUGUACACAGAAAGAAAGUCUUUAAACAUAGAAAUCAUAAUUCACUGUAGGGUCUAUCUGUCUCAGGGGGGUAUUAUUUUGUCAGUUGUUUGUUUCUGGGGAUUUUCCAGGCAAACCCUCCACCCUUAAUUUACUUUCUUGCUUUUUUGUCCUUUCUCAUGUCAAAUAACAAUGGAGAGCGAGGAAACAAACAUUCUGCCAGGAGAAAGCAAUGACUUGGAAACACUUAUCCAGAAGCAUAUUUUCAAUCUCUGAAUUAAUUGUACCUUUUAAAUAUGCCACCCACUUAAGAAACAAAUGAGAUCCUGCAAAUGAUUUUAAUAAAAACAGCAGAAAUCUAAGGUCUUACAAGAAACUAUAGCAAUAAAUUCUGAUUGAGAAGAAUGAGCACAAUUAAACUGACUUCCCAGCUGACCACUAACUGAGAAAACAACCAACCAGUUGCAAAAUUUUUUUGUGUGUAAUUUUAAGGUACCCUUCAUCAAAAGGAUCAAACCUUUGUCCAGCUUUGGUUCUAAAAGAAAUUUGUCAAGAAAUCUUUAUUUGAAGACAUUCAAUAAUGCUGCAGUAGUUUAAAAGAAAAAGAAGCAUUUUGUUCCAAAAUGGAGCAAUGUCUUAUAUCGAUGGCUGGUAAAGUCCAGUUGUAUAAGAUCCAGACCAUCAAGGUGGUUCUCCGGAGUAACUGCCACCCAUUCAUCUCUAUAACUUGGCCUUUAGUAUAAGUGGCAAGUCAGGUGUCUACAAAUUUUAGGUGUGGCAAACAGCUUCAGUUACACUACAUUCAAGAGUUCAACAAAACUGGACUUUUACGAACUCGAAUACAACUGGCAGGCAAGGCUUUAUGUCACAGAAGUCUCCGGUACUAAAUAGAUUCGGCCUAGAUACAAUGGAUUUGUUCUGCAGGUUUCAGGGUCAGAAAUAAGCCAGGGCCUUUGUAAUAGGAUAGCCACACAUCGUCUGGCUGAAGGUGUAGCUCAAUAGUAGACUGUGUUCUUUGGUUGCAAAGGGCACUUGGUUCAGUCUUCAGCACCACCAAAGCUAAAUUAAUAAACAGACGAACAAAAGAUUAAGAAUACUGCUAUAUGUGAGUUAAUUUUUCCUUUUUUCCUUUAAAUCCAACUACUGACAUUUAAAUCUCCCGAGUUUUCUUCUCUCUGGCUCUGAGCCAAGUCACCCC